AAAAAAAAACCGUCGGUCCAUUUGGUACAGGGGGUUUUGGAUGGGCGGAUCCUCUCUAAUCCCCUUCGAUCCUCCCGAACCCACGCGACUCAGAACCCUUGUCGAAGGACUCAGGGAAUCUCUCGACCGAGCGCACGCCGCCAGCCACGGAGGGGAGGAGCCCCGCCGCCGGAUCUUCAACGCCGCCGCCACGGAGGGGAAGAGCCCCGCCGCCGCCACCGAGGGGAGGAGCCCGACGCCGCCGCCUGAUUCUACCCGACGCCGGCGUUACUCCUCCAGAAUACUGGUGUUCUCCCCGGUGUGUUUUGUACGGAGGGGAAUUUGAGGGAUGUGUGGCCGGAGGGGGAUUUGAGGCUUCAAGGGGAUUGGGUGGAAGAGGGGGAUUCACCAAAUCCCCUGGAAUCCUCUCCUUCCAAAACCUCCACAAUCCCUUGCUGUCAAACAAGGCCUGAAGCGCCGGCGAAACACGACCGCCGCCGGGGCCGGGGGGAAUCAGGCGAGCGGCGCAGCCUCCGUCGACAGGUGGUCCUGGGAGCGCGCGGACGGCGAAGGACGCGCACCUCCCCUAAGACUGCUCCACUUCCCUGGCCCCGUCGUCCCGUCUAAGUCGCCGGCGGCGUGGACGCAGCGAUGCUGCGGACGGUGCUGCGCCGGGGAGGGGCGGCCAUGAGGCAGGCCGCGCUGGCCGAGGGAUCUACGGGGAACCUUCUACGGCUGAGCGUGGCGGAGCGGGAGCGCUCUCGGCGGCGUCGGCGCGACCCGGGGCGCGACGAGUUCUUCGUGCCGACGCCGGAGUCGCUUAAAUGGCUCGACUCCGUCACCCUGCCCAUGAUCCUCACCGCCGCCGCCGUCGCCCUCUUCACCAAGCUCCUCAUGAUGGAACAUGAAGCCACAGACCAAGAAAGGAGAGAACGGAAGAUAAAGAAUAGUCACCCUGAGCAAGGAACAGUAAGGAUGCUUUCACGUGAAGAGUGGGAUGAAAUCCAAGAAGUCAGGCCAAGGACCCCUUUUGAAUCAAAGUUAGCUCGUCCACAUGCCCGCUUAAGAACUGGGGAAAAAGUGCGGCUGGAGGAUGCCAAGGAUUGGGCUGUUGAUGUGCUCACUGAUGCUUUUACUAGAGCGGAAGAGAGUGCUAAGCGGAAAUGAUUCAGAAGAAAGGCACAGCAGCAACACAUCCAGUUUGAAGUUUUUCUUUAGAGGAAACACUUUGGGGGUUUUCUUGAAUGCGCAUUUCAUGGUUUCUUUUGAAGUUUGAGUUGCCGACUCCUCGUAAAUGCUAACUUGCGCGGUGAACUAUGGUAGCCGCAUAGAAUAAAUUUUCCUUGCUACUGUAUAUAUAUAUAUACUCCUACAUACGGUUCCUUGCUAUGCUCAUAUCAUUUGUUUGAAUGCAAACUGCAGCAGUAGUGGAUUAUAAGUGAA